AUGGUUCGGAAGGAUCCUAUCUUUGAAGCCCGCACCAAUGUCAAGCUACACUCUAAUCGACUGAAAAAGGAGGCCGCCCGUGCGGAAGCGACCUUUAAAUCCGAGAAAGCUAAGGCUGACAAGGCCAUGAAAAACCGCGAAUUUCAGAUCGCCCGCAUCCAUGCCGCUUCUGCCGUACGAGAAAAACGCAGACAGGUGACCCUCAAGGCGGAGGCUGCCAGAGCAGAUGUCAUUAUCAACGAGCUCAAGGCUGCGCAGAGCACUCGGGACACGUCUCGGACGCUUGCAUUGGCAUCACGGGGCCUGGAUGCUGCCUCCAAGAGUGUAAACCUUGAGAGCUUGGUUUCCCAUGCGAACAAUUUCCUGGCGCGCUCCGAAGAUUUCAAGAUUGCUAGCAGUGCGAUCGAAGAUGUUGCGCAAGGGAUCUCUAUGCAGGAGAAUGGCGCAGAGGGUGAAGCCGAUGUGGAUCGCCUGAUGGAGCAACUUGCUGAUGACGCUGGGGUGGACCUCCGGAUGGCUUUGGAGCAGGAUGCUGCUGCUGCUCCUAAGGAGGAGGUUAAGGCUCCGAAACAAGUUGACACUGAAGUUGAGGAUGGCUUGGAUGCUAGGCUACGAGCUCUCAGGGCGACCAACUGA